AGCCGCUAUGGCGCUGCGGUGCACUCUGAACAGGUAUCUGCUGCUUAUGGCUCAGGAGCACCUGGAAUUCCGCCUCCCGGAAAUAAAAUCUUUGCUUUCACUUUUUGGAGGUCAGUUCAUCAGCAGUCAAGAAACUUAUGGGAAGUCACCAUUUUGGAUUCUUAGUCUUCCCUCUGAAGAUAUUGCAAGAAACUUAAUGAAACGGACAGUGUGUGCCAAGUCUAUAUUUGAACUAUGGGGUCAUGGAAGAUCUCCUGAGGAGCUGUAUAAUUCUCUUAAAAAUUACCCUGUGGAGAAGAUGGUUCCAUUUCUGCAUUCAGACUCUACGUAUAAAAUAAAGAUUCACACAUUCAAUAAAACRUUGACACAAGAAGAAAAAGUCAAACGAAUAGAUGCACUUGAAUUUCUGCCCUUUGAAGGAAAAGUGAACUUAAAGAAACCACAACAUAUAUUCUCUAUUUUGGAGGAUUAUGGUUUGGACCCUAAUUGCAUCCCUGAGAAUCCAUAUAAUAUUUAUUUUGGUAGAUGGAUUGCAGAUGGACAGAGAGAGCUAAUUGAGUCAUAUAGUGUCAAAAAGAGACACUUCAUUGGAAAUACAAGCAUGGAUGCUGGUUUAUCAUUCAUCAUGGCAAACCAUGGAAAAGUGAAAGAAAAUGAUAUUGUCUUUGAUCCAUUUGUUGGAACAGGUGGCCUCCUGAUAGCAUCUGCUCAUUUUGGUGCAUAUGUAUAUGGGACAGACAUAGACUAUAAUACAGUUCAUGGCUUGGGAAAGGCUAGUCGGAAAAACCAGAAAUGGAGAGGACCAGAUGAAAAUAUCAGAGCCAAUCUUCGUCAGUAUGGUCUAGAGAAGUAUUACCUUGAUGUACUGGUUUCAGAUGCAUCUAAACCUUCCUGGAGGAAGGGCACAUAUUUUGAUGCCAUUAUCACUGACCCUCCAUAUGGUAUCAGAGAAUCUACAAGAAGAACAGGUUCACAGAAAGAAAUACCAAGGGGGAUAGAGAAGUGUCCAGAAAGCCAUGUUCCUGUUUCCUUGAGUUAUCACUUGAGCGAUAUGUUUUUUGACCUGUUGAACUUUGCAGCUGAGACCCUCGUAUUAGGUGGAAGACUAGUCUAUUGGUUACCAGUGUAUACACCAGAGUACACUGAAGAGAUGGUACCCUGGCACCCUUGCCUGAAACUCAUCAGCAACUGUGAGCAGAAGCUUUCUAGUCACACAUCAAGGCGCUUGAUCACAAUGGAAAAGGUGAAGAAAUUUGAGAACCGGGACCAGUAUUCACAUCUGCUAAGUGAUCAUUUUCUGCCAUAUCAAGGUCAUAAUUCCUUCCGUGAGAAAUAUUUCAGUGGAGUAACAAAAAGAAUUAUUAAGGAAGAAAAAUCCAACCAGGAAUGAAAAUUAAGAUUCUGACAAUGAAGAAAGAUUAAAUAUUUGACAGAAAAGACGUCUGGAAGUGAACUUUCGUGUACAAUCCAGAAAACAUGUACUGUUUUAAGGUGGUUAUUAUUAUUUUGUAUAAAAAUGCUUUGAAGCAAAUCAAGCAGUUUAAAAAUUGUCUUUGUAUUUUAGACUAUUCUGUUUUAUGAGGUCUUUUGAACCUUAUUUGACUUGUAUUUGUACUUUCAAGUACUAAUGGAGAUUGACUCAACAGUUAGUUUUUUACAGUUAAUUUACAAAGAAAAUUAAUAUUGUUGAAUUUUUUAAACAUAUUUGCCAGAUAUGUUAUAGGCAAU